UUAGUCAUCGGGAAAAAAUCUCAAACGAUUCCCUUCUCUAGAAUUUGCUGUACCAGUAGAAGCUCAUAACAAUGGCGUCCUCACUUGCUCUGAAGAAGCUCGUCUCCUCAUCCCUGCUUCCCAGCUCCCUGCGUAUGGUUCGCCCGAUGGGAGUCGCCGCUCCGUCUGCCUCCCGCCUCUUCAACACCAACGCCGUACGCGAUUACGACGAAGACGGUGACGAGCGCCAGAUGGAUGUCGAUCGUCGCUCUCGUCGCCCGUUUCCACGCAGCCGCGACGAUUUCCUCUCAGAGGUGUUCGAUCCGUUCUCUCCGACGAGGAGCUUGAGUCAGGUGCUGAACCUGAUGGACCAAUUCAUGGAGAACCCCCUGCUCUCUCCGGCACGCAACGUCGGAGGUGGAGUCCGACGGGGCUGGGACGCUCGCGAGACGGAGGAAGGUCUGCAGCUGCGCGUGGACAUGCCGGGGCUGGGGAAAGAAGACGUGAAGGUGUCGGUGGAGCAGAACACCCUGGUGAUCAGGGGCGAAGGAGGGAAGGAAUCGGACGAGAAGGAGAGCGCGGGGAGGUACUCGAGCAGGAUCGAUCUGCCGGAGAAGAUGUACAGGACGGAUCAGGUGAAGGCGGAGAUGAAGAACGGGGUGCUGAAGGUGACGGUGCCAAAGGUGAAGGAGGAGGAGCGGAAGGACGUGAUUAGUGUCAGCGUUGAGUGAUUUCUGUUUAUCUGCGGUGUGGAUUCAAGGGUUUAGGGUUUUGAAGGAAUCAAUAAAACAGUGAAUGUUUA